AUGAAGGGCAUUGCCCAGCUUCUGGAUUCAGAUAUCGAGGAAACCGCCGCCCUUGCUGAUGAUCGUUCAGAUGUCUCCUCCGAAGGCGAGGAGAACGCGACCAACUCGACACAGGCAAAGAAACGUCGCAAACGACAGAGAGUGACAAUGCCUGCCAAAAAGAUCAAAACAAGUGACCAGCCUUCCGCGACCACGCAUAGCAAAAAGGCGCCAUCAAAGCGGAAAGUACCAGCGCAGCGCAAGCCGAUCGAGGACGAGCUCGACCAGCCCUCAGACGGCGACACCCAGAACUCUGAUGCAAAACAGCGCGCGCCUGAGCCGAAGCAAAAGAAGUCAACAGGUGCUACUCAGACCAAACCUAAGACAAAAAAGCUUCCAAGGACAACUGAAGACCAGUUGGGGACUCGCAAGGAGAACGCGAAGUCAGAGCCCUCCGCGAAAGAUAGCGACCCUAAGGACGAAGUCGAACCUCCUCGACCCUCAAAGAAAACCACCGGCGCCCGAAAGCCGAGUGCCUUGAAGGAGAACGUGGCUCCUAUUAUUGAGUCGCUGCAGGAGACGUUCGAUGAGUCAGAGGAAUCAGAACUAAUGCCGGCUGAGCAUAGGACAAGACCUCAGCAAGUGUCACGCAAUCCGUCUCGAACAAGACAGGAGUCAGUUUAUCAAAGACGACCAGUUAGUACGGCAGGCACAGAUAAUCUGCGUCGCGAAUUGGGAGACAUAACGAGGCAGUUGGAGAACUCUGAACUGAGGUACCGCAGUUUAAAGGAAGUCGGCAUCGAUGAAGCCAUGGGGAAAAUGGAGGCUCUGCGCCGCGAGCAUAAUGUUACGGUGCAGGCCUCGAACGAUGUUAUCGCAUCUCUCAAGAGGUCGCUCGCAGCUCAACCCCGUCUAGAUCAAGAAGUCCAAAGGCUGAGGACAGAUUUGCAGAGCCGGGUGGACGAAAUAAGUGGCAUGCAGCGCGAAAUAACCGCCUUGAACGGCUCGCUCUCCGCAGCCACGAAUGAAGUUAAAGCUCUCCAGGCCAAAUUAGCCGCUACAAGAGCACCUUCAGUCGAGACCAUGUCAUCAAAGGCAUCCGGAAGCGCGGUGAAGGGCAAAUCACACGGCUCGGUCGCCAUGGGCAAUUCGGAUGCCGCGCAAGCCGUUCAAUAUGCACAGAUGAAGGAGGAUCUUUAUAGCGAUUUGACUGGACUCAUUGUCCGCAGUGUCAAGAAAGCAGAUUCAGGCGAUACUUUUGACUGCAUUCAAACCGGGCAGAAUGGCACUCUUCAUUUCAAGCUUUUUGUUCCUCAAGAGGGUCCAAGGGGAGCCCAUUUCGAGGAGCCUGACAUUCUCUACACGCCUUUGCUAGAUGGGAAUAGAGACCGUGACAUGAUUGAGAUCAUGCCCAGCUACCUGACCGAGGUCAUUACGUUUUCAAGGCAGAACGCAGCCAAGUUCUAUGGACGGGUAGUUGAUACCCUGACGAAGAGACGACCAGAUGAUUGA